CGACAGCGGUGACCCAGUGAGAGGAAGGCGGGGACGACAGCAGAUCGCUGUCCUCGGGGCUUGGGUUGGAGCUGGAAAUUUAAAAUAGUUUGGAGUCAACACUGAUUCCAACCAUGGGUUUGUCAGCCUCUACUCCUGCUGUUCCAGUUCAGACCUCAGAAGCUUCAGAUCAUCAGGCAGCAUCACCACCUUCAGGAUGCCCAAUGCAUGAAGGGAAAAUGAAAGGCUGUCCAAUGAGUGCAGAAUCCUCUGCUCAAACCUGUGAGAGCAAAACAUACUCUGUGCCUGCCCACCAAGAUCGUGCAUAUGAGUAUGUGGAGUGUCCUGUUACAGGCGCUGCUGCUAAGAAUAAGGAGAACCUGGAUCCUUCAAAUCUGAUGCCACCACCUAAUCAAACACCAGCUCCAGAUCAGCCCUUUCCUUUGUCUACUGUCAGAGAGGAGUCAUCCAUUCCACGAGCAGAUUCAGAGAAAAAGUGGGUUUAUCCUUCUGAACAGAUGUUCUGGAAUGCAAUGUUGAGGAAAGGGUGGAAGUGGAAGGAUGAGGAUAUUAGUCAGAAAGAUAUGUAUAAUAUCAUUAGAAUUCACAAUCAGAACAAUGAACAGGCUUGGAAGGAGAUUUUGAAGUGGGAAGCUCUUCAUGCUGCGGAGUGUCCCUGUGGUCCAUCAUUGAUCCGAUUUGGAGGGAAAGCAAAAGAGUAUUCACCAAGGGCAAGAAUUCGUUCCUGGAUGGGGUAUGAGUUGCCCUUCGACAGGCAUGAUUGGAUCAUCAACUGCUGUGGCACGGAAGUUAGAUAUGUGAUAGAUUACUACGAUGGUGGCGACGUCAACAAGGACUACCAGUUCACCAUCCUGGAUGUCCGCCCUGCCUUGGAUUCGCUCUCAGCAGUAUGGGACAGAAUGAAAGUUGCUUGGUGGCGCUGGACAUCAUAACCACUGUUUUGUUUGUGAUGCAAAGUAUAAACUAUUUUUUUCUGAGAGAUACAUUAAACUAUUUUCCCCAAACUGAAUUGCACUCACAAUGUAAUGGGACCUUCAAGUGGGUAAUCACACUUCAUCCUCCACUUAGCAAAGGACCCUUGCUCCAUUCAGUUUUGAGCUGCA